AUGGCUGCUCCUUACAGUACCCGGGAGGAAAUCGACGACGCCCAUUUGGCACUGACAGCCACCUUUGCCACUGGAAAAACCAAGGAUCUUGCGUGGAGGAAAUGGCAGCUGAAGCAGCUCUGGUGGCUCAUUGAAGACAACGAAGAACGGAUUCUUGAAGUGUUGCGCAAAGACUUGGAUCGCCACACAUUCGAAAGCUGCAUGACAGAUCUCCUGGUUUUGAAGGAGGAGAUUCUCGACUUCCUCAAGAACUUGGACAAAUGGACGGCUGAAGUUAAGAUUGACGCUGGCUUCAUUUUUGGUUAUCUCAGCAAAUCGCAUUAUCGCAAGGAGCCUCUGGGAGUGUCUCUCAUCAUUGGCGCAUGGAACUUCCCAAUCCUCAUGGCCCUACUGCCAGUAGUGCCUGCCAUUGCGUCUGGCUGUUGCGUGUUGAUCAAGCCGUCGGAGCUCGCUAUCCAUUCCGAGGCCCUUCUCAAGGAGCUUAUCCCAAAGUAUCUAGACCCAACGGCCAUUCGUAUUCUGACUGGCGGUGUAUCCGAGACCACAUAUAUUCUCGAGAAGCGAUGGAAUCAGAUCUUCUUCACGGGAUCCAAUAAAGUCGGCCAACUUGUCGCUGAGGCUGCCGCUAAGCACCUGACACCUACGGUCCUGGAACUUGGAGGACUGGGUCCGGCAGUUGUCACAAAGACUGCUGAUAUUGAUCUGGCUGCCCGCCGAAUCGCCUUUUCCAAGUUUGUCAACGCUGGUCAGAUAUGUGUUGCCGUCAAUCACGUUAUCGCCGAGCCUGAAAUCGUGGACAAGUUGGUGGAGAGAUUGUCGUACUGGAAUGAUCAGUUCGUGAAGGACGGAGACAACACCAUGUGCAAGAUUAUCAACGCUCGCAACUUUGACAGACUCGCUAGCCUCCUCGAGAAAACAAAUGGCAAGAUUGUCUAUGGUGGAAAGUUGGACAAGGAGGCGACAUUCAUCCAUCCAACCAUCGUCAGGAAUGUCACUCUCAAGGACUCGCUCAUGUCGGAGGAGAUGUUUGGGCCCAUUCUUCCCAUCAUCACGGCCACCUUUGAGGAAGCUAUCCAGUGCAUCAACUCACUCUCCAACCCUCUCGCCUCGUACAUCUUCAGCAAAGACGACGCUGUGGUCCAGGACUUCUUGAACCGAACGCUGAGCGGAGGAGUGACGGUCAACAACGUCGUGAUGCAUUCGUCUGUCCGCGGGGCACCGUUCGGAGGGGUCGGCGGAUCUGGAUAUGGUUACUACCACGGCGUGACAGGAAUCGACUGUUUUACUCACAAGCGGACUGUUACCACACCACCCUCAUGGCUUGAUGGGCUGAUGGCUUUCACUUACCCUCCUUAUCAACUCAGCAAGGUGAGUUACGUCAAGGCAAAGAACUCUCUGGGAUUCAGGAGAGGGGAGAGCUUGGAAGACCAACGCAAAGGUUCCUCAGGGGCAGAGACGUGGGCAUUGUCCGCGGUAGGUGUCGCUGUGGUGGCUGGAUUAUAUCUAAACCGGUCCCAAGGGCGAGAGCUGGAAGCUAUUACGAACUUUUUCAAGUCAUGA